AUGCACAAAACCACCCCCCUCCUCCUCCUCUUACCCCUCACACUCACACUCACACUCUCCCUCCCCCAAGCACCCACACCACCAACCCUCCCCCCAAACCCCAUCACACCAAUCCUCCCUCUCGAUCCACAACACACCCUCGGACCGCUACUAACCACCGACCUCACACUCGUCCUCGAAGCCGUGCUGGCAGGUGUCUCCGCCACGCUGCUUGAGAUCCCGCUUGUGGAGGCGUUGGCGGAGUUUUUGCAUGGAGCUGGGGAGACGGUGAUAUGUACUGUGGAUCCCGGGGUUUGUGAGGUGCUUGGGAGGUGGUGUUUGGGUGGUUCGAAUGCUGGGGAGACNGAGACGGUGAUAUGUACUGUGGAUCCCGGGGUUUGUGAGGUGCUUGGGAGGUGGUGUUUGGGUGGUUCGAAUGCUGGGGAGACGGGUGCGGGUGUGGGUGUGGGUGGGGGGAGUGUUGGAGAGAGUGGAAUGGGAUAUUCCAUUCCCCCCUCCUACGCGCGAUUCCCUGAUGAGUAUUCUAAGCGGUGGAGGAAGCGAACCAAUAACCUACCUAAACCAAUGGAUCAAGGACCACCAUUCUUCCUCCUCCCUAUCGCCAUCCAUGAUCAUCCCCCCCUCCUCCGCUCAACCCCUCACAUCCUGGAUCGAAAACCAAUCACCACGAUCCCAAUCACCGCAAUCCCAAUCACAACAAUCCCAAACACCACAAGAACCAAGCGUCGAUCCCAACAUCCUCUCCUCGCUCAGACUAUGUGCGCUAGGUGGUGUCGCGGAGGCGUUGUCGAAGAGUGCGAGGGAGGUGUUGAUGCGUUGGUUGGAGGGAGGGUGUCCGUUGGAAGAGGGGGUUAG